CAACCUCUCACUUACGCCCACUCAGGUCGACCAUGGAACGACUCUCGACCCUCCCGCCUGAGCUGUUGAAGAACGUGUUUGCGUUUUUACGUCAACCCAAAGAUAUGAAAAGCGUUUGCCUUGUCAACAAACAAUGUCACGGCUUGAUGGCACCAAUAUUGUGGGAGACCCUACCUUCAGAUCUACAGCUCUCGACAAGCAAAACCCUGGAGGCAUUGCUUAGCCCACAAAGCAACAUUUUGCGCUACAUACGUCGUCUAAUUUUCUAUCCUGGAUGUACAGAGCCUGCAAGCGUUACAUCCAUAGAAGAACCUAUGCGAGAUAACGUACUCCUGCUGCUCACUGCAUUACCGAAAGAUCGGCUGAUCUCAUUCUAUUCACAUGUGGCAAUCAGCGCAAGCUUGCUCCAAUUCGUUAUACAAACACAUAGACAACUCGAGCUCAUAUCAUCUAAUGUUCUCACCCAGCUUCAUCUGACUCCAUGGGUACGCCAACACUUGGGGAACGUUCGAGCGCUGGAAACGUACGUUCCUCUGGAGAAAGAAAAGGCCACUAUUUCCCUUGAGAAUCUCCGAUUUCUGAUCGAUAACACACCAAAACUCAAUACUUUGCAUAUCUCUGUGGAUCAAACCGAAGACACAGAUACGGAUUAUGCCGACAUCAGCUCAAUCUCUUCAGAGAUCAGUGGAGGGUCUUCGCAGCCGCUCAAGCUCAAGUCUCUAACACUCGAACAUCUGGAUCUGCGGAGCGCAGUUGCCCUGAUCGGCCGUAUCGACAUACUCAACAGCCUUGUGCAUUUGAAGAUCUGCGACUGCGGUAACUUGAGGCUCAUUCUCACGUCUAUGACUACUCUUUUCUCUGGAGAUAACAAGCCUGCAUUGCGAACCCUAGAGAUCUAUGUCUCGGGUGAUCCUCGAAAGGGCAAAGAAGUAGUUCUGGCUAUGGAGAGGUUUCUCCUUUCCUUCUCAGGCUUGACUGCACUCUUUCUAGACAUGUUUGCGAUCGAAUUGGUCAGCAAAGAGAGCAUCAUCAAUCAUGCUCAAAGUCUCACGGAGUUGGGUGUUUGCAGCUCGCAAGCAUUCUUGCCGACUCACCACUCGAUUGCUGAUCUGACUGCGAUCCUAGAGGCUUGUCCGGAGCUCACCCAGCUUGCGCUCGAUCUCUCACCGGGCUAUCUCGGUGCAUGGCACGAGCUUUGUCAGGACUUUCAACUCGGUUCCUCGACUGGUUAUGCGCAUGUGGAAACCGAAAUGGAAGCUACCUUGAGAAUCAUUGCACAGCACCCAAAACUACACACGCUUCGCAUGCUAGACCUUGCUGGGGAUACACUCGCAACAGAGCCUAGCGCUGACCUCUGGAACUUCCAAGGCAUUCCUUCGUACGGGCAGUCAGUAGCAACAAUCAUCAUGCAGAAGUUUGCUUCGACAAUCGUGCUUUACUUGGCUCAGGCUGGAUCUGGAAUCAAGCUCUUCGCUCCCUGGCCAAUCGUGCCGCAUCAACCUUGGCCCGAAGACAAAAAUGGACAUCAAUGGCCUAGAUAUGCGUAUCUUCGGGGGAGAGUCACAGACGGACAAGGUGUGGAGCAGACUGUUGCCACACCGUUAGCGGAUCCAUUGCGCGACAUGCCUGAAUCGAGUAUCAUAAAUCGCUACUGGUAGGUAUGAGUAGGGACAGGAAAAAGUGUUUUAUGAUGCAGACAGUGGGUUUCGAAUGAUCCGCCCUGUAAUGUAUAUGGAGUCAACUGGAGAU